GCGCGCCCUUCCCGCUUCCUCUUUCUGGCCUUUUCCCACCGCGCAGGCGCAGAGAGUGAACCAAGAUGGCGGCCCCCGUGGAUCUGGAGUUGAAGAAGGCUUUCACAGAACUUCAAGCCAAAGUUAUUGACACUCAACAGAAGGUGAAGCUUGCAGAUAUACAGAUUGAACAGCUAAACAGAACGAAAAAGCAUGCACAUCUUACAGAUACAGAGAUUAUGACUUUGGUAGAUGAGACUAACAUGUAUGAAGGUGUAGGAAGAAUGUUUAUUCUUCAGUCCAAGGAGGUAAUUCACAAUCAGCUGUUAGAGAAACAGAAAAUAGCAGAAGAAAAAAUUAAAGAAUUGGAACAGAAAAAAUCCUACCUGGAGCGGAGUGUGAAGGAAGCUGAGGACAACAUCCGGGAGAUGCUGAUGGCACGAAGGGCCCAGUAGGAAGCCUUAGGGGAAGCUCUUCCUCCUGACCCCUCCCAUUCCUGGCAAGAGUAGAGGGGCCUGUGUGGGGAAACAGCCUCUACUCUGCCCAGAUGGACAAUUUAUCUGGAUGGUCUGGUAACCCUAUGUUUUGUACAUCACCCUUAGCCCCUUGAAGAUCCCAACCUUGUACUUUUUAUCCUGGCUCUGCCUGCCACCUCUGCCCAGGACACUCUCUCCCCUGAGGGUGGGUCUUGAACUCCCAGGAGAGGGAAGAUGGGAGCCAGGACAGAGAGGGGGGCUCUGCCCGAGCCUACUACUAGUCAAAUGCUGGUCAGACCAAUAAAAGGCACCUAUCCCACUCUG